CCCUCUAUAGUUUAGGCUAGAGCUCUAUAGGUUAUAUUAUUGAAAAAGGACUGUACAGGAAAAAAAUUUUAAUUUUUUGUAUUUUAUUUUGAAAUAUUAAGAGUGUUUUUGGCAUUUAUGGCACAUAUUUUUAAUUCAUUAUUUUAAAUAGGCUUUCUGGUUUUUCUUUUAAUGAACUUUUAUUUUAAUAGAGAUUAUCUUUCAGCUGUGCUACAUAGUGAGGGAGGCUAUUCUAAGGCUGCUGAAACCAGUUGUGAUUUAGGUUUUCAUUAAGUAGCAGGUAAUGAAUGAGUUGAUCAUAGAUUUUUGUGGCUCAGAUGACAGCACAUAUUCAUGAAGAAGCUUGUUUUCUUGAUAUGAGUGGAGAUGAAUAGCAAAUUCAUACAUGGAGAGGAGUGUUUCUUCACUGUACUUCAGGGAAGCGCCAGCUGGAGUGAUCUUAAACCUUAGAUUGUAUUCAAACUCUUGAGUUCUCCAGGAUAAAUCUGUACACUAAGGGCUACCAGUUUUGUCUGUAUAUUGAUCGUGUUUGCAACUUGAGGCAAGAGAUUUACCUUCAACAUUUGUAUUCAGAAUUGUCAUCCAUUCUAACCCAGAAUAGCAAAACCUAUAUUCAUUCUCAUAUUUUGUUUUUGUUUUUUCUUCUUUCCCUGAGUUUUCAUGGAAUGUGGAUGAAGGCACAUGUUUUGCUUCCACACCAGUUACUGCAGCACUUGUAUAAUCCACAUUAACCAAUGCUUUAUAGUCUACCCUGUCCAUAGUAAAACUUUAAUUUUUUUCAAGUGAUUUCAUUUUUUCCUUCAGUAAAGGUUAUCAGUUGUCUGUCUUACCUUUUGUUUCUUUGAGAGAAAGAAGUAGAAAGAUCUUGCAUCUGCUGGUUCACUCCCAAAUGGCCACAACAGCCGGAGCUAGGCCUAUCCAAAGCCAGGAACCAAGAGCUUCUUCUGGGACCCAAGCACUUGGGCCAUCUUCUACUGCUUUCCCAGGCCAUAGCCGAGAGCUGGCUUGGAAGAGGAGUAUUCGGAACAGGAACCGGCGCCCAUAUGGUGGCCAGUCCCGUCUGUCUUGUCUUUUAUGCUUUCCACUUUUCAUCUACGUCCAAUUAGAUAGGAUCGAUCUGUUCAGAGUUACAGAUUACAUGCCGUGGCCUACACAGUGCUUUUGAAAAAACAUCAAAAUUUCUGUGUUAUCUUGGUCAUGAAACAUCUUACUCCAAGGGUCCCACAUGGCUCUCCACCCUUGUUGGGCAUGUGUCUGUAUCUUAGGGAGCAAUCUAUAGAGACAGCAUUGACAUCUUUUCUUGCUGAGCCAGGAUUUGCAAUGGAACCUCAGAGUUUUAAUUUGCCAAUGUUAUUUGCCAGUAGGCUGCAUCUAGUUGGUACUGAUAUGUACAUAGGUAAGCAGAACUUUGUCCACAUCUGAAAAAAUAUCCAUGGCUGAGGAUGGGACUUAUGAUGUGCCCAUAUCAACUUAAAAAUUGAAUUUCUUAGCCAUUAGUAAAUUAUCAAGUAAUUUUUAUUAAUAAUGCUGUUUUAAAAUGACCAUAUGUUGUCAUAUAUACUAGCAUAGCAGUGUUUCGAGAACAGGCUUAGGAGUCUGGGUCUCAAACUUUUGAUUGCUUAGGGAUUUUUGUAAAGCAGAAAUUCUGGGUUAGGCAUUUGGUACAUUGGUCAGUCUGCCAUUUGAGAUGCCUGCAUCCAGUAUCAGUAGGUAGGUUAGAUCCCAGACCCGUUCCCAGUUUCAGCUUCCUAGUAGUUUGCACAGUGGGAGACAGCUUAAGUGGUUGGGUCCCCUCCACCCACAUGGGAGACCCAGAUUGAGUUCUUCGCCCUGGGCAUGUGGGGAGUAAACCACCAAGAGAUUCCUCCACCAUUAAAUAAAAAAAUAAUUUCCAGGUUUCUUCUACCCCUAAAAAUUCUAAUGGGGAGAGGAUAUAUCAUUUUUAAUUUUAAAUUAGCUCCCCAAUCAAUUCUGAGGUUAACUACUGUAUUGAGAAAUACAGAGAAGAUAUUAGGUGUUGAGAAAUGUCCAUUUUGUGAUCAAACAAUGUAAGUUACAUUGUUAGAUAAAACACAUCGUAUUGGACUUAAAUUAGAAUGUUUGCCAGCCUUGAUCCCUCAUUUUUACAAAUUAUAAUCUUGUAAUCUUUAUAUUUUCUUAUUUUUUAAUUUGAGGGAGGGAGAGAGAUAUACAUACAGAGGUACAGAAAGCAAGCUCCCAUCCACUGAUCAACUUGUCAAAUGCCGACGGCAAUGACAGCUAGACUAGGCCAAAACUGGGAGCCAGAAACUCAAUCCAGGCCUCCUACAUGGGAGGCAGAAACCCAGUUAACUAGAGCUAUCACCACUGCUUCCCCAGGGUCUGCAUUAGCAAGAAGCUAGAAUCUGGAGCCAGAGCCAGGUAUCAAACCUAGGCACACCAGUGUGGGAUACCACAUCUUAACCACUAAGCUAAAUGGCCAUCUCAUAUACUUGUGGUCUUUUUUUUUUUUAUUUUAUUUAAAGAUUAAUUUUAUUUAUUUGAAAGGCAGAGUUACAGAGAGAGGCGGAAAGAGAGAGAGAAAAAAAGAGUAUCUUCUGUCUGCUGGUUCACUCCCCAAUUGGCCGCAUUGGGUAGGGCUGAGCAGGCCGAAGUCAGGAAAGCCAGGAACUUCAUCUGGGUCUCCCAAGUUGGUGUAGAGGCCCAAGCACGUGGGCCAUCUUCUACUGCUUUUCCAGGCACUAUAGCAGGGAGCUAGAUAGGAAGUGGAAUAGCCAGGACUCAAACCUGCACCCAUAUGGGCUGCUGGCCCCUGCAUAUGGCGGCUUAACCACGGUACUACAGGACUGGCCACAAACUUGUGAUCUUAAUAUUUGUAACAUACUAGAAGGAUGAUGCUGAUAAUCUUGCAGCAGUUCUUUUCUAUCACAAAAGUUCCAAAAGCCUUAAGUUUGUUAUGUUAAUUAAUCUGUGUCCAGGCUCAAAUUUCAAAGUAUGAAAAAAUCAAUGUAUUACAUACUCAUGUUAUAUUACAAAUGGAUUUCUCUCUGUCAUCAGAUCCUCAGAGUUUAAUGUUGAUUGUGCCUUUAAAAAACUUAGAACCAGUGCUAAAUAAUUUAAGAUCCUUCCUGAUGUAGAAAUUUGCAUGUGAAUGUCAAAGGUUCUCUUUAGUGGAAUUAUUUUAACAUUCAGAACUAUUGGCUGAAAGAAUCCUCUCAUAUUUCUUAAAUUCAGUCCAUAUUUAUAAUUUAUGUAACCAGUAAAGAUGCCAUUGAAUUUUACUACAGACAGUGAUUGAAACUCGUAAUUCAGGGUUUCUCCACCCCAUGCAUUAAAUCAGGCAGCCCCAAAGGGUCUUGGUAGUCCAGUGUUUAUAACAUCCUUCUUUACCUGCUAAUCGACCUCACUUCCUGGAUUUCAGUCCGUCUAGUUAUCAGCUAACAAAAGAACAGCUUUUAGUUCCUGCAGACGCUGGUGAAAAAAUAAUCACGAGAAAGAAAUCCACCUUAUGUCGUCUUUUUUAUCUGCAAAAAUAAACUCAGCCAUCAUACAGCUAACAGGUACAGAGGGAAGAUACAAGCUCUUUCAUAGGAAGAAAUUACAGAGAAAAUGAGCAUCAUUUCUCACGGUUUUUGUUUUCCCUGAUCUACAAGUGAUGAUGCUGUAAUUCUAGCUGCAGUUCUUACCGAUCAUUCACCACUCAGCAGCUGGUAGAGAAGUAAGACUGCUUGGCAACCACCUGCAGGGCUGCAGAGAUGAAUUACAUUUUCGGAAACAACACACUUCUGUACUCUCGCGCCAGCCGAGGAGGCAAUACUAGCUCUAGCCAUGGCUCAGUAGGCCCAAAGCAGAAACACUGGGCAAAAAAGGGCUCAUCAGAUGAACUGCAAGCUGAGCCAGAACCUUCACGCUGGCAGCAGAUAGUUGCAUUUUUUACUCGAAGACACAGCUUUAUUGACUGCAUCUCGGUAGCCACCAGCUCCACCCAGCCAACAGAAGCUGUUCCUCCCUCUUCUCCCACUGUCCCUGUGAUCCCUGUCCUGCCAGUCCCUGCUGAGAAUACUGUCAUCCUACCCACCACACCACAGGCAAAUCCUCCUCCAGUACUGGUCAACACAGACAGCUUGGAAACACCAACUUAUGUUAAUGGUACUGAUGCAGAUUAUGAAUAUGAAGAAAUCACACUUGAAAGGAUUUUUUCCCUCUGUCCCCAGGGAAAUUCAGGGCUUGGUUUCAGCAUUGCAGGAGGUACAGACAACCCACACAUUGGAGAUGACUCAAGUAUUUUCAUUACAAAAAUUAUCACAGGGGGAGCAGCUGCCCAAGAUGGAAGAUUACGGGUCAAUGACUGUAUUUUGCGAGUAAAUGAAGUAGAUGUUCGUGAUGUUACACACAGCAAAGCAGUUGAAGCAUUGAAAGAAGCAGGGUCUAUUGUACGCUUAUAUGUAAAAAGACGGAAACCAGUAUCAGAAAAAAUAAUGGAAAUAAAGCUCAUUAAAGGUCCUAAAGCAGGUCUUGGGUUCAGCAUUGCUGGAGGUGUUGGAAAUCAGCAUAUUCCUGGGGAUAAUAGCAUUUAUGUCACCAAGAUAAUUGAAGGAGGUGCAGCACAUAAGGAUGGCAAACUUCAAAUUGGAGAUAAACUUCUAGCAGUAAAUAGUGUGUGUUUAGAAGAAGUUACUCACGAGGAGGCAGUAACUGCCUUAAAGAACACAUCUGAUUUUGUUUAUUUGAAAGUGGCAAAACCCACAAGUAUGUAUAUGAAUGAUGGCUACGCACCACCUGAUAUCACCAAUUCUUCUUCUCAGCCUAUAGAUAACCAUGUUAGCCCAUCUUCCUACCUGAGCCAGACCCCUACAUCACCAGCCAGAUACUCACCUGUUUCUAAAGGAAUGCUUGGAGAUGAUGAAAUUACAAGGGAACCUAGAAAAGUUGUUCUUCAUCGUGGCUCAACAGGCCUUGGUUUCAACAUUGUAGGAGGUGAAGAUGGAGAAGGAAUAUUUAUUUCCUUUAUCUUGGCUGGAGGACCUGCUGAUCUAAGUGGAGAGCUCAGAAAAGGAGAUCGUAUUAUAUCGGUAAACAGUGUUGACCUGAGAGCUGCCAGUCAUGAACAAGCAGCAGCUGCAUUGAAAAAUGCCGGCCAAGCUGUCACAAUUGUUGCACAGUAUCGACCUGAAGAAUACAGUCGUUUUGAAGCUAAAAUACAUGACUUACGGGAGCAGAUGAUGAAUAGUAGCAUUAGUUCAGGGUCAGGAUCUCUUCGAACUAGCCAGAAGCGAUCUCUCUAUGUCAGAGCCCUUUUUGAUUAUGACAAGACUAAAGACAGUGGCCUUCCCAGUCAGGGAUUAAACUUCAAAUUUGGAGAUAUCCUCCAUGUCAUUAAUGCUUCCGAUGACGAAUGGUGGCAAGCCAGGCAGGUUACACCAGAUGGUGAAAGUGAUGAAGUUGGAGUGAUUCCCAGUAAACGCAGGGUUGAGAAGAAAGAACGAGCCCGAUUAAAAACAGUGAAAUUUAAUUCUAAAACAAGAGGAGAUAAAGGGCAGUCAUUCAAUGACAAGCGUAAAAAGAACCUCUUUUCCCGAAAAUUCCCCUUCUACAAGAACAAGGACCAGAGUGAGCAGGAAACAAGUGAUGCUGACCAGCAUGUAACUUCUAAUGCCAGCGAUAGUGAAAGUAGUUACCUAAUCUUGAUUACAGAUGAGUAUGGCUGCUCAAAAGGUGGUCAAGAAGAAUAUGUCUUAUCUUAUGAACCAGUGAAUCAACAAGAAGUUAAUUAUACUCGACCAGUGAUCAUAUUGGGACCUAUGAAAGACAGGAUAAAUGAUGACUUGAUCUCAGAAUUUCCUGACAAAUUUGGAUCCUGUGUUCCUCAUACAACUAGACCAAAACGAGAUUAUGAGGUAGACGGAAGAGAUUAUCAUUUUGUGACUUCAAGAGAACAGAUGGAAAAAGAUAUCCAGGAACAUAAAUUCAUUGAAGCUGGCCAGUAUAACAACCACCUGUAUGGAACAAGUGUUCAGUCUGUGCGAGAAGUAGCAGAAAAGGGCAAACACUGUAUCCUCGAUGUGUCCGGAAACGCCAUAAAGAGAUUGCAGAUUGCACAACUUUACCCGAUCUCCAUUUUUAUUAAACCCAAAUCCAUGGAAAAUAUUAUGGAAAUGAAUAAGCGUCUAACAGAAGAACAAGCCAGAAAAACUUUUGAGAGAGCCAUGAAACUGGAACAAGAGUUUACUGAACAUUUCACAGCUAUUGUACAGGGAGAUACGCUGGAAGACAUUUACAACCAAGUAAAGCAGAUCAUAGAAGAACAGUCUGGUCCUUACAUCUGGGUUCCAGCCAAAGAAAAGUUAUGAAGACUGGUGUUGCUCGGCUUCUCUUUCCACAGUCUCGUGUUCUUCGACACUUCUUUGCCUUUCCUCUGGAGUCUGUCUUCAGUGCUCCUUUCCUGUUGAAUCAUGUCCACUCCUCAUGGUCUGCAGUUGCACUUAAUUUUGACAAAUAGUCUCCUUCAGGUUGCACCAUCUGCAUUUUUCUAUGUCACUGUUGGUUUGUGGCCAUUUUUUAAAACUGAAGAUGAAAUGGCCUGACCAGCUAUUAAGGGUUUUGGGAGAUGUGGAAAUUGUGGUAAAAUUCCUUAAUGUUUAAGGGAAAGUAACUUUAAGAGAUUUUCAGAAAAGCUUUAUAUACAUUCUUUUCAAAUUUCAAUAUAAAUGAAAGAAAAGUGGUUUUAAUCAGUGAUUUCAUAGACUUUGAGCAACUAUGCACGCUUAACUUUAAUAGCAUGGUUUGGCCAAUGUGUUAGCUAUCAAGUUCUUUUCCCAGUUGACUUCUGUUAUCAGAGCAGUUAUUUCCCUAUAGACAUAAGAAAAAAAAUGUGGUUUUUUUAUUUCAAAAUUAAUGUCUGAGUUAACUUUCAUAACUUCACAAGGGAUAUUCAUUUUUCAUAAGUGUUCUCAAAGUUUUGUUGUUCGAGGGUUUUUUCCCAGUACAUUUAUUAGAAAUAACAAUAUUCAAACAUUUUUAAUCUACUUGUGCAACACUAUUUUUAGUGUCUUACAAAAGUUGUUCACAUAUAACAAUCAUCACGUUUUCUGAAUUGAGGACACGUUUAGGUGCUAGGGGAGCUCACCUUUCACACAGAAGGUUGAGAAAAAUCUUAAGACGUAACUACAGACAUUACAGUGGUGAUGUAGUAAUUACUAUGGCAAUGGAAAAGAAAUCCAGUUCAUAGCCUAAAACUAUAAAUGUAUUCUUAAGGGUCAGAUUUUAAUGAAUAUUUUACCCACAAUAACUGCCUAUUUUGUUAUAAUAAAAUAUAUAAAUAAAUAUAUAUAAAAUUUUCUUUAAACUCUGUAACUAUGGGAAUUAUUUUCUUACAUAGUUGCACACACACACAUAUAUAUAUUUAAAAUACAUUUUUUCUUUUGCCACCUACUCCUUUUUGUUUGAUUUUUAAAUUAAGUAUUAAUUGAUUAGACUUAUCUUUAAUCAUGUGAACUGAAAACCAGAGUAUGGUGGUUGUGAGGAGAAAACCUCUGGGGAAAUUAGAUUACAAGUAAAAGUGUGGGCAUGUUCUCCUCUUUUCUACAGAAGUUUGCAAAAGAUUCCUGGGUUGGUUGGUUGGUUGUUUUUGUCAUUGUUCUUGUCAUUAAGUUUGAUUUUUGGUUCUUUGCCUUUCUUUCUAGUUCUCCUGUGAAGCAAAAGCUCCAUUUAUGUGCGAGUUUUCCCCCUUAGACACCGUUUGUCUUACCCAGUUGCUCUGUUCUAGAAUUCACACAUAUUCACGGUGAGCAGUUUUAGUGAAAGGUAGAAGUGACUUCAGAAAUCAGUUUCUCCAGUCCUUUCUAUCAAUAACAUCAUUUGGCUUCCCAUUGCUCUUCGGCAUUGUUUAUCAAACGUGUUUUUGACAGCCUCCUUGUUACAGUUUCUUAAAAAAAUGAGUACUGGUUUGUAAAGAAUUAUUAACAUUAUCCAUUCCAUUUAUGAGAAAGAGGAGAACAGCUAAUAAACUUUAUUGUAAAAUCCA